GUUCUUUUGGCUAGACCUAUGACCACUGCGUGAGACUUCACUGCACGCUUUCCCAAGUGACUUCCUCAUCCCUAGUGUGUAAUUCCUCACCAUGGACCUGCUCCUUUAGCUAAGACGUGGCCAGCAAUGCUAGUAGUAAGAGAUGUGCUGACUAGCAGGCUCACUUGUACGGUGUAGAAGACAAGCAGUACCUUACAAGAUGGGAUUUGGGAGUGACCUGCGGAACUCACAGGAAGCUGUGUUAAAGUUGCAGGACUGGGAAUUACGGUUCCUGGAAACAGUGAAGAAAUUUAUGGCCCUGAGAAUAAAAAGCGAUAAAGAAUAUGCAUGCAAUUUACAGAAUCUUUGUAAUCAAGUUGAUAAAGAAAGCACUGUGCAGGUGAAUUACGUCAGUAAUGUGUCCAAGUCUUGGCUACUGAUGAUUCAGCAGACAGAGCAGCUUAGUAGGAUAAUGAAGACGCACGCGGAGGACCUGAACUCCGGGCCCUUGCACAGGCUCACCAUGAUGAUCAAGGACAAACAGCAGGUGAAGAAGAGCUAUGUGAGCAUCCACCAGCAGAUAGAGGCAGAGAUGAUCAAGGUCACAAAGACAGAAUUGGAGAAAUUAAAAUCCAGCUAUCGACAGUUAAUAAAAGAAAUGAAUUCUGCCAAAGAGAAAUACAAAGAAGCCCUAGCCAAAGGGAAAGAAACAGAAAAGGCCAAGGAGCGCUAUGACAAAGCUACAAUGAAGCUUCAUAUGCUGCAUAAUCAGUAUGUAUUGGCACUGAAGGGGGCACAGCUCCAUCAGAGUCAGUAUUAUGAUACCACACUUCCUCUGCUGCUGGACUCUGUGCAAAAGAUGCAAGAAGAAAUGAUAAAAGCACUAAAAGGUAUAUUUGAUGAAUAUAGCCAGAUAACAAGCCUUGUUACAGAGGAGAUAGUGAAUGUCCAUAAAGAGAUUCAGAUGUCCGUCGAACAGAUAGACCCUAGCACAGAAUAUAAUAAUUUCAUAGAUGUUCACAGAACAACAGCUGCUAAAGAACAAGAAAUCGAAUUUGAUACUUCCUUAUUAGAAGAAAAUGAAAACCUUCAGGCAAAUGAGAUCAUGUGGAAUAAUUUAACAGCAGACAGUUUGCAAGUAAUGUUGAAGACUUUAGCAGAAGAGCUCACGCAGACACAGCAGAUGCUCUUAAACAAGGAGGAGGCUGUCCUGGAGCUGGAGAAGAGGAUUGAAGAAUCUUCUGAGACCUGUGAAAAGAAGUCUGACAUUGUGCUGCUUCUGGGCCAAAAACAGGCACUUGAAGAGUUGAAACAGUCAGUCCAGCAGUUGAGAUGCACUGAGGCAAAGUGUGCAGCACAGAAAGAAUUAUUGGAGCAAAAAGUACAAGAAAAUGAUGGGAAAGAACCGCCUCCUGUGGUGAAUUACGAAGAAGAUGCACGAUCAGUCACAUCAAUGGAGCGAAAGGAGAGGCUAUCCAAAUUUGAAUCUAUUCGUCAUUCAAUUGCUGGAAUAAUUAGGUCUCCAAAAUCGGCCCUGGGCUCAUCAACACUCUCUGAUGUGACCUCUAUGAGUGAGAAGCCCCUGGCGGAGCAUGACUGGUACCAUGGCGCAAUCCCCAGGAUAGAGGCCCAAGAGCUACUGAGGCAGCAAGGAGACUUCUUGGUGCGAGAGAGCCAUGGGAAACCCGGUGAAUAUGUCCUUUCUGUGUACUCAGAUGGACAGAGGAGACACUUCAUCAUACAGUUUGUCGAUAAUCUGUAUCGAUUUGAGGGCACUGGGUUUUCAAACAUCCCUCAACUUAUAGAUCACCACUUCUCAACCAAACAGGUCAUCACCAAGAAGUCUGGGGUGGUUCUGCUGAAUCCUAUUCCUAAGGAUAAGAAAUGGAUUCUCAAUCAUGAAGAUGUUACAUUGGGAGCAUUACUGGGCAAGGGGAAUUUUGGUGAAGUAUAUAAGGGUACACUAAAGGAUAAAACUGCUGUUGCUGUUAAAACGUGCAAAGAAGAUCUUCCUCAGGAAUUAAAAAUCAAGUUUUUACAGGAAGCCAAAAUUCUCAAGCAAUACGAUCACCCCAAUAUUGUCAAACUUAUAGGCGUGUGCACCCAAAGACAACCUGUCUACAUCAUUAUGGAACUGGUCCCAGGAGGUGAUUUCCUGUCCUUUCUGAGGAAGAGGAAGGAUGAACUAAAGCUCAAGCAGCUAGUCAGGUUUUCCUUGGAUGUUGCAGCUGGCAUGUUGUAUCUCGAGAGCAAGAACUGUAUACACAGGGACCUUGCUGCAAGAAACUGCCUGGUAGGUGAAAAUAAUAUUCUGAAAAUCAGUGAUUUUGGAAUGUCUCGGCAAGAAGACGGCGGAAUAUAUUCAUCCUCUGGGUUAAAGCAGAUUCCCAUUAAAUGGACAGCACCAGAAGCUCUUAAUUACGGGAGAUACAGCUCUGAAAGUGACGUGUGGAGCUUUGGCAUCCUCCUCUGGGAGACCUUCAGCCUAGGAGUCUGUCCGUACCCUGGAAUGACAAACCAGCAGGCCCGGGAGCAGGUGGAAAGAGGAUACCGGAUGUCCGCCCCACAGAACUGUCCAGAAGAGAUUUCUAAAAUCAUGAUGAAGUGUUGGGAUUACAAGCCUGAGAACCGCCCUCGGUUCAGCGACCUUCACAAAGAGCUCACUGCCAUCAAGAAGAAAAUCACAUAGUGCCGGCCAGGGCCAGACUCCACCUGCAGGACUCUGUCCUCAGCCACCCCGACCUUAUACCACCUUACUGCAGCCAUCUUGGAAGGUUAUGUUUUUUAUUAACCGGGUUUUUUAAAGUCUGUUCCACUUUAAAAAUAUGUUAAAAGCAAAUUUAUUCAAGAAAUAAACAGUCCUACCCAGGGCCGUAUUAGCUAACCACAGAACCCUACCGUGUGAGGCCGCUGUAAAGAGAAAAGCACAGGUCUAACUGAGAAGAUAAAAGGCCUAUGUUUUCAUGCCUAGGACCAUUGAUGCUCCGCCAAGUUUUUCUACUUGAGGCACAGCCCAUGGGCUACUGUCUUCUGCCACAGGCCUUCCUCAGUUGGUGCUAUAAACAGCGUUGGUAGCGCAUGCUCGCAGGACGCGUUCCCACCACAGUUGGCUCUCUACUCUGCCAAGGCGAGAUUGUAUCUAUAAAUAUAAUCAUAUAUUGGGAAUUA